GCGUAAUCGACCAGAAAUAAUGCAAUGUGGUCUGAUCUGAGGAGCUACACUGUUAUGGUUAUCACAGACACGGGAACAAGAGUUCACCCCCUCCCACUCAACAUAGUAGCUUUUACAUUAUACAGUGAGUGGGGGGGGGGGGCAUUUUGCUAUUCAUCCAUAUUGCUUGUAGAUAAUUUUGAGACAGGUUCACUCUAAUGACAUAUACAGUGAGUGGAGGGGGGCCAAAUCAUGGGCUUUCAUUCCUGGGCCUAGAUCCUGGGUUUAGAAUUUAGAUGCAUGACAACACAGCCCUUGGACCACAACAAUGCGGGAAUAACUUUCGUAAUGUAGUCCAAAUUAUCGAAUGUUAUUUUCUUGGAUGUCUUAAAUCUUAAUCAUACAAUUCUUAUAGAAUAGAUGAUUGUGCUAAUUUGAUUGAGACUCAGGCACAUUCAAUGACGUCACGUGAAAGGUCAAAGUUCCUGACCUUUGCAAUGCAUUGUGGGAUAGAAGCGUUGGAGUGUCACAUUUCGGAAGAAGUUGUUGAAUGUUUUGCUACAAAAUUUACAUUUUAGACGAUAUUCAUUGGAUUGAUUUUACUUAAAAGUAUGUCAGAAGAAGUAUUCAAAGCACCUAAGUCUGCUAAAAGGACACAUGGAAAAUCUAGCUCGACGCCAUGGUCUCCGGGAGGAAAACGGCGCCGGACUAAAGAUGAUUUCUACAGUUUCUGUAGCAUUGUGUUAGCGUAUACCCAGUAUGAGGCUAUGAGAGCAGAGGAUAUCCGAGCCAAGAACAAUAGCAGUCCCCUAGACAGUAGUGGUAGUACCAUAGAGAGCUUGUCAUCUGACUCAAAUGCAAGUUCAACAAGCUCCUACAGUCCAAGGGACGAACUCAGGGGGAACGAGGAGAUGAGAGGAGGGGUAGAAGACGGUGAACAGGACCUUAUUACUUGCUUCUGUAUGAAGCCGUAUGGUGGUCGACCAAUGAUAGAAUGCGAUGAAUGUGAGAUGUGGAUACAUUUGUCAUGCGCCAAAAUUCGCAAAAACAAUAUUCCUGACACUUAUAUUUGCCAAUCGUGUAGGGACUCCAAAACAUUGAGCAGGAAGUCAAAUCGACAACGGACUGAAAAUAAGCGAAUAAGUACGUAGCUGUCACUGGAAUAUAUACUCGAGGCCAUAGUAUGAUGUACAGUGUACGCCUUGUUGCCGAGUGAGUGUACGUAAUGAUAAGUUGAAUGCUAUGAUACGGUGUACACUGUGUGUAUAGUUGUAAAUAUGUACAUAGUCUACAAAGACUGAUCUUCGCUGGCAGAAGGGUAUAGUUAGUGAUGACACAGUUGAUUGUAGAAAUUCAAGAGUUUGCCCUCUUGUAAAGGUUCACAUACCAUAUAAGGUAUCCAUCACCAUAUAUGGUAAGCCUGUUGGUUAUUACUGGUUAGGAGUUCAAUUAUUACUUAAGAAUAAAGAGCCAGACGUU